AUGCAUGAAAUAGAAACUAGCUUAUAUCUAGGGAGUUUAUAGAAACUAGCCUAAAUUUGUGCUUAAAUUAUAUUUUUAUUGCUUAUUUACUAUUAAAAUGCAGUAAUUGCCUAAUAAUUAUUAUUAUCUUUUAUGGUAAAUUAUAUACAAGAUGCUGAUAAUGAAAGAUUAAUCAGGAAAACUGGGAUAAAAAAUAUUGUCCAAGUCUUAGACAACCCGACAUAUAACAAAAGAUUUAAAGGCAUUAAGUAUUACUAUGUAAGGCUUAGAGAUGAGGAAGAUGAGAAUUUAAUUGAUGAGCUGCCUGAUGCUAUUUAUUUUAUAAAUAGACAAAUAUUAAAAGGAGAAAAAGUUUUAGUGCACUGUGUAGCAGGGGUUUCAAGGAGUCCAGCCAUUGUUAUUGCAUACUUGAUGGCUAAGCAUAAUAUUUUUUAUGAGGAAGCUUAUGGGUUUGUUAAAAGCAAAAGAGACUUUAUCCAGCCAAAUUUAGGGUUUGAGAAACUUACUUACUUACUUAAUUAUCUGGUGUUUAAGGUGUCUAGUGCCGCAGCCCAAAAGGGCCUAUGGCAAAACUGAUGACGUAGGCGAGCCAUCUUGGCACAGGUCAGCCCCGUCCAAGCCUUUCUAUCAACUCCUGCUUCACCGGCCUUGCUGCACGUCUCACCCGGCGCGUUGCCGUCGCCCUUGUCGCUCAACUCAGCUCCUGCGCGUGUUCCGCCUAAGGGUCAUCCUCCCGUGGGGAUGUGCUGAGAGGUAAAAGCCCGAAAUCUUGAGUGGACUGAGGAGUGGUUCCUCUGGUUAUCCCCAGAGUUAAACCGCUAUUGCUGUCCAGAAGUCUUCGAGUGAAAACCUAAGGGUUUGAGAAACAAUUGAUUGAGUAUGGGUAUCAGAGAUUAGAAGAGUACUUGUAA